UUUACAGGAUCUAUGACAUUUUUUGAGUUUCCAAUUUUAUUAUGGAUGAUGGAAAUUGAUUUUAGAGCCGUAAUGGGUUUUCUCAAUGUCGUCUAGUCCUUUUCCAAAUUCGAAUCUGUAUUUGUUUUAAGUUCCGUCCGUAAAUUUUCAUGAGAAAAAAUGACCUUUGCCUCUCACUCUAUAAAAAAAUAAAAACCAGUUGACUCUGUGUAUGUACCCUGCUCACAGAGACUUAAUAAGAGACUAUAGAGAGAAGAGAGGAGAGAAGAGUGGAGAGAAGAGAGAGAUGGGUUCCAAAAGAGUAUCAGAAAUUGUUGACCUGCUGCAUCUAGAGCCCCACCCAGAAGGAGGCUACUAUGCUGAAACAUUCAGGGAUACCUCAGUCACUCUCAAAAAAUCUCAGCUGCCAUCUCAAUACAAAGUGGACCGGCCCAUCAGCACCAACAUCUACUUCCUCUUACCAUCUGGCAACAUCUCCCUUAUCCAUCGCAUUCCCUGUGCUGAAACAUGGCAUUUUUACAUGGGGGACCCGCUCACAGUCGUUGAGCUUGGAGACGACGGCAAGGUGAAAUUCACCGUCUUAGGCCCUGACUUAGCCAGCAGCCAAAAGCUCCAAUACGUGGUGCGGCCCUAUGUUUGGUUUGGUUCUUUUCCCAGCAAGGAUAUCGAGACCUUCUCAUCAGAUGGAAGCUCUCUACUAAAGGCUCCAAGGAGGGACCCUGAGCUCAAUUUCUCACUGGUUGGAUGCACUUGUUCUCCCGCCUUCCAAUUUGAUGACUUUGAGUUGGCAAAGCAGUCACAUUUACUCUCCUUUGCCCCUAAUGCUCGACCUUUCAUCGAAUAUCUUGCUAUAGCUGACUAAAAUUGCAUCCCCCCCCCCCUCUCCUGUUUUUUAGUCAGAACUUGUUGCAAUAUGUAAAACUCGGGGUGAGUUUACAAAAUAAAUAUAUACUGCAAAAUAUAAUCCUGUUUAUAAUGACAAA